UAUAAAAAGAUAGAUAGGACAUUGACCCAAACAAUUAUCAAGUCUUUGCUUACCGAAAAAUAAUAAAAAAGCAGAGAUUUUUCGUCUUUUUCUAUGCUCAUUCACCAGUUUUUGAUUUGAACUUUGAGAUUUUGAGCACAUCCCACUUGAAAAGCCAAAAAAGAAACCAUUACCCUUCAGUGGAAAACAUGGAUUCCGGCCGCGGAAGCUGCUGCCGGUGCUGCUUCAGCUUCAUCUUUACCAUGGGUCUUACGGCUCUGUUCAUGUGGCUAAGUCUACGCACAUCAAGACCCUCUUGCUCAAUCAAAUAUAUCUACAUACCAGCACUGAACAUGACCUUGAACAACACCAAAAACACCACCGUUUACAUGGACUUGAGGCUCGACAAUGGGAACAAAGACAAGGGUAUUUACUACGACGCUGUUUCUCUCAACCUGUCUUACGUUCCCAACAUCAGUGACCCUAAAACUAGAUCUCUCAUAGACAACAGUACGAUCCCUGCUUUUUAUCAGGGUCACAAGAAAAAGGCCACCAAACCAGUUAAUUUCACUACUGAGAAACUUAACUGGACUGAGGUUCGGAGUGCUAUUUUGAUCAAUAAGAAUGUGACCUUCAGGUUGGAUUUGGCCACGACUGUGAGGUUUAAGAUCAUGGCGUGGAACACCAAGAGGCACCAGUUGACUGUAGGGGCAAAUGUGCUAGUCACUGACUUGGGUGCGAAAGUCGGUAAGAAGAAUAUUAAGCUCUCCAACAAAGCAACAAAAAAUGGGUGGUGCUCUUUGCAGGUUGGGAUUUUAGUCAAUUUGUUCAUCUGUAUAAUGCUUAGUAUUUAGUGAGGUUUUCACUUUUCUUCUUUUGUUUAAGAUUUUUUAAUUGCAAUGGAGAGAUUUUGUCAAUUUAUAAAGGAAAAAUCUUUGGAAUGGAAAAUUUGGUGAAUGACUUGUGCUGA